GUUUGGUGAUCGACAUGGGGGACUCCCAAAUGGACUCCAGCUCCACGGUGUCUGAGGCGGCGGCCGAAGAAGUGUCUCUCUUCAGCAUGACAGACAUGAUCCUGUUUUCACUCAUUGUGGGUCUCCUGACCUACUGGUUCCUCUUUAGAAAGAAAAAAGAAGAAGUCCCCGAGUUCACCAAAAUUCAGACAUUGACCUCCUCUGUCAAAGAGAGCAGCUUCGUGGAAAAGAUGAAGAAAACGGGGAGGAACAUCGUCGUGUUCUACGGCUCCCAGACAGGGACUGCCGAGGAGUUUGCCAACCGCUUAUCCAAGGACGCACACCGCUAUGGCAUGCGGGGCAUGGCAGCAGACCCCGAGGAAUAUGACUUGGCCGACCUGAGCAGCCUGCCAGAGAUCGACAACUCCCUGGUAGUUUUCUGCAUGGCCACCUACGGUGAGGGGGACCCCACUGACAAUGCCCAGGACUUCUAUGACUGGCUCCAGGAGACGGACGUGGAUCUCUCGGGGGUCAAGUUUGCGGUUUUUGGUCUGGGGAACAAGACCUACGAGCACUUCAAUGCCAUGGGCAAGUAUGUGGACAAGCGGCUGGAACAGCUCGGCGCCCAGCGCAUCUUUGAGCUGGGGAUGGGUGAUGAUGACGGGAACUUGGAAGAGGAUUUCAUCACUUGGCGAGAGCAGUUCUGGCCGGCCGUGUGCGAGCACUUUGGGGUGGAAGCCACUGGGGAGGAGUCCAGCAUUCGCCAGUAUGAGCUUGUGGUCCACACUGAUAUGGACGUGGCCAAGGUGUACACGGGUGAGAUGGGCCGGCUGAAGAGCUACGAGAACCAGAAACCCCCCUUUGAUGCCAAGAAUCCAUUCUUGGCUGCAGUCACCACCAACCGGAAGCUGAACCAGGGGGCUGAGCGACACUUCAUGCACCUGGAGUUGGACAUCUCCGAUUCCAAGAUCAGGUAUGAGUCUGGGGACCAUGUGGCUGUCUACCCGGCCAACGACUCUGCCCUCGUCAGCCAGCUGGGGGAGAUCCUGGGUGCUGACCUGGAUGCGGUCAUCUCCUUGAACAAUAUUGAUGAGGAGUCCAACAAGAAGCACCCGUUCCCCUGCCCCACCUCCUACCGCACGGCCCUCACCUACUACCUGGACAUCACCAACCCGCCACGCACCAACGUGCUCUACGAGCUGGCCCAGUACGCCUCGGAGCCCUCCGAGCAGGAGCACCUGCGCAAGAUGGCCUCCUCCUCGGGCGAGGGCAAGGAGCUGUACCUGAGCUGGGUGGUGGAGGCUCGGCGGCACAUCCUGGCCAUCCUCCAGGACUGCCGGUCCCUGCGGCCCCCCGUCGACCACCUGUGUGAGCUGCUGCCUCGCCUGCAGGCCCGCUACUACUCCAUCGCCUCGUCCUCCAAGGUGCACCCCAACUCCGUGCACAUCUGUGCCGUGGCCGUGGAGUACGAAACCAAGACGGGCCGCACCGGCAAGGGCGUGGCCACCACCUGGCUGCGGGCCAAGGAGCCGGCCCCAGAGAACGGCCGGCGGGCCCUCGUGCCCAUGUUCGUGCGCAAGUCCCAGUUCCGCCUGCCCUUCAAGGCCACCACACCCGUCGUCAUGGUGGGCCCCGGCACCGGGGUGGCCCCCUUCCUCGGCUUCAUCCAGGAGCGGGCCUGGCUGCGGCAGCAGGGCAAGGAGGUGGGCGAGACGCUGCUCUACUACGGCUGCCGCCGGUCGGACGAGGACUACCUGUACCGCGAGGAGCUGGCGCAGUUCCAGAAGGAGGGGGCCCUCACCCACCUCAACGUGGCCUUCUCCCGGGAGCAGCCCCAGAAGGUGAGGCGCGCAGGCCGCUCGGGCAGGCGCGAGCACCUGUGGAAGCUGGUCCACGAGGGGGGCGCCCACAUCUACGUCUGCGGGGAUGCUCGGAACAUGGCCAGGGACGUGCAGAACACCUUCUGCGACAUCGUGGCUGAGCUUGGCGCCAUGGAACAUGCCCAAGCCGUGGACUACGUCAAGAAGCUGAUGACCAAGGGCCGCUACUCGCUGGAUGUGUGGAGCUAGGACUGCCCGGCCCCGGCCCGGCCCCACGCCCCCCAGCCUCGCGGCCCCGUGUAAUCGCUCUCCUCACUCCCUUCUGCCCGCGUCCUGGGCUGCGCAGGCCCCGCGGCAGAGACUCCUCCGGGCCUGGGUGUACCCUGAGCCCCCGGCCAGCCCAGGUCCGCCGGCCCCCGGAGCCCAGCCCCAGGGCCCGCACUUUGGGGUGCCUCAGGCCCUCGGGGGCCGAACAGAAGGGGCGCUUUCUCUGCUGAGCUGGGCCUGGCCCCUCCAUGUGAUUUUCAAUGAGUGUAAAUAAUUUUAAAUAACCUCUGGCCCUUGGAAUAAAAUGCUGUUUUCUGUA